UCUCCCCGCCGGCAGCGGCGGCGGCGGCGACGACGGCGGCGGCCGGGCCCGGGCUCUGACGGCAGAGGCCUCGGCGACCGCUAACGGCGACGGCGACGCCGCGGAGCGCGCAGGGCGGGGGCAGGGCCCGGGUGGCCGACAUGGAGAACUCGCAGCUCUGUAAGCUGUUCAUCGGCGGCCUGAACGUGCAGACGAGCGAGUCGGGGCUGCGCGGCCACUUCGAGGCCUUCGGGACGCUGACGGACUGCGUGGUGGUGGUGAACCCCCAGACGAAGCGCUCCCGCUGCUUCGGCUUCGUCACCUACUCGAACGUGGAGGAGGCGGACGCCGCCAUGGCCGCGUCGCCGCACGCGGUGGACGGCAACACGGUGGAGCUGAAGCGCGCCGUGUCGCGGGAGGAUUCGGCGCGGCCCGGCGCGCACGCCAAGGUGAAGAAGCUGUUCGUGGGCGGCCUCAAGGGCGACGUGGCGGAGGGCGACCUGAUCGAGCACUUCUCGCAGUUCGGCGCCGUGGAGAAGGCGGAGAUCAUCGCCGACAAGCAGUCGGGCAAGAAGCGCGGCUUCGGCUUCGUCUACUUCCAGAGCCACGACGCGGCCGACAAGGCGGCGGUGGUCAAGUUCCACCCGAUCCAGGGCCACCGCGUGGAGGUGAAGAAGGCGGUGCCCAAGGAGGAUAUCCACGCGGGCGGCGGGGGCGCGCGGGCGGCGCGGGGCGGGCGCGGCGGCGGCCGGGGCCGCGGCGGCGGCGGCCGAGACCAGAACGGGCUGGCCAAGGGCGGCGGCGGCGGCUACAACAGCUACGGCGGUUACGGGGGCUACGGCGCCUACGGGGGCGGCGGCGGCGGCGGCUCGUACGGCGGCAGCGACUACGGCAACGGCUUCGGCGGCUUCGGCAGCUACAGCCAGCACCAGUCCUCGUACGGGCCGAUGAAGAGCGGCGGCGGCGGCGGCGGCAGCUGGGGCGGCCGCAGCAACAGUGGACCGUACAGAGGCGGCUACGGCGGCGGCGGCUACGGCGGAGGCUCGUUCUAGAAGCCGGCUUGCGGAUGCCGGGCGGCGGCGGCGGCGCUUCUCCCCUCCGCGCCCGCCCCAGGUGCCCUUGGGGGAGCCGCUUACCCGGGGGGGACACCCCCCGUCUGCCUGCCUGUCUCCCCCUGAAGGUGGA